AUGAAGCGGCUUAAAACAAUCAUUGGUGUCCGGUUCUCGAAUAUUUUGCGAGAAAAUUGUGCAGGAAUGAAACCUGACACAAGAUUAUGCCCCGGUUUCCAUCGGGGUGCUCUGUUACUAGAUCAGACCGAGGGUGACGUUGAACUUGAUGGAGUCCACUCGGAGGCGGGCGUUUGGCGCCCAGGACGGACUGAGUUGAGUCCCAGGCGAACCCUACUACUGAUUGGGACUGAUUUUUGGUCCGACUUGUUGAGGGUUGCAACCGGAAAGUAA